UGUGAUCGAAGAAUGCGUGACCCAGUAUUCCCGUGAGCUGGUAUUAGUACUAGAGAAUAAAGAGAAUGAGGAUUCUCCUUUGUUUGUCGAGCUAGAUAAGCAUAUGCUUUUAGUAUUGGUGGAGAUUCUGAUUGUAACUAAAGAGUCUUCGAAAUUCAAAGCUCUGUAUGCUCUCGGCAUUCCUGCUAAAGUUCUUGCUAAGAUACUUGUUAAGAUUCUUGCUAAGAUAUUUGUUAAGAUUCUUGCUGAGACACUUGUUGAGAUUCUUACUAAAAUUUCUGCUGAGGUUCUUGCUAAGAUUCUUGUUGAGAUUCUUGCCAAGAUUCCUGCUAAGGUUCUUGCUGAAAUUCCUGCUGAAGUUUUUGCUGAGAUUCCUGCUAAGGUUCUUGUUAACAUUCUUGUUGAGGUUAUUGUUAACAUUUCUGCUGAAGUUCUUGUCGACAUUCCUGCUGAAGUUCUAUAUGAG